CCCCGGCCCGCUUCGCCUCCCCGCCGCAGGCUCCCUGGGCCAGCUCCGCGGCCCCCCCGGCCCAGCCAUGUCGCUGCACGGGAAGCGGAAGGAGAUCUAUAAAUAUGAGGCGCCCUGGACCGUGUACGCCAUGAACUGGAGCGUCCGGCCCGACAAGCGGUUCCGCCUGGCGCUGGGGAGCUUCGUAGAGGAGUACAACAACAAGGUGCAGCUUGUUGGUUUGGAUGAAGAGAGCUCAGAAUUCAUUUGCAGGAACACCUUUGAUCACCCCUACCCCACCACAAAGCUGAUGUGGAUCCCGGACACCAAGGGAGUUUACCCAGACCUGUUGGCCACCAGUGGUGACUACCUGCGAGUGUGGAGAGUGGGUGAAACUGAGACCCGGUUGGAGUGUUUGCUGAACAACAACAAGAACUCAGAUUUCUGUGCUCCACUGACAUCAUUUGACUGGAAUGAAGUGGAUCCUUACCUGUUAGGUACCUCUAGUAUUGACACAACCUGCACUAUUUGGGGUCUGGAGACAGGACAGGUUCUGGGAAGAGUAAAUUUGGUGUCUGGCCACGUGAAGACCCAGCUUAUUGCACAUGACAAAGAGGUGUACGACAUCGCCUUCAGCCGCGCGGGCGGGGGCAGGGACAUGUUUGCGUCGGUGGGUGCGGACGGCUCGGUGAGGAUGUUCGACCUGCGCCACCUGGAGCACAGCACCAUCAUCUACGAGGACCCCCAGCACCACCCGCUGCUGCGGCUCUGCUGGAACAAGCAGGACCCCAACUACCUGGCCACAAUGGCCAUGGAUGGCAUGGAGGUUGUAAUUCUGGAUGUCAGAGUUCCCUGCACCCCUGUUGCCAGGUUAAACAACCACAGAGCGUGUGUAAAUGGAAUUGCCUGGGCACCUCACUCUUCCUGCCACAUCUGUACAGCGGCGGAUGAUCACCAGGCUCUCAUCUGGGACAUCCAGCAAAUGCCUCGUGCCAUUGAGGACCCCAUCCUGGCCUACACAGCUGAGGGAGAGAUCAACAAUGUACAGUGGGCAUCCACCCAGCCAGACUGGAUAGCCAUCUGCUACAACAACUGCCUGGAGAUCCUCAGAGUCUAACUUUGCUGCUUCAUGCACAGUGAGGCAGGGCUGUGUCAUUCCCCCUCCCCUCUAAAGUAAGAACACCACCAGUCAAGUGGCCAGUAUCUGUUGUUGCUUUGCAUCUACUGUUACAAGAAACUGUUACAAGAAUGGAUGGCAGGGGUCUCCUGUCUCUCAAGACUUUAAAAUGCAGAGAUGUGCUGAGCCUCUUGGACCUUCUGGGUUCUGGUUUUCUUGUGAAAUUCUUUUUCUCUCAGUAAAAGUUCUGUAUAUUUGUUUGUUGACUGUAUUAAUACGCUUGCAGGCUUUUAAGUUGCUGCAUAUGUCCAUGUGUUUGUCAGCCAGCUGAGGCAGCACAUCCACCAGUUUAUUAGAUGCAGGUGCAAAACAAGGUGGGGGGAAAAAGACGAUGUUAACAGCCACCUUGGCAGGAAUCUUUAUCAUUCCUGUUGUUGCUGUCUCUAAACUGUUUAAACGUUUGUAUGUUUUUUAUAUAUUGGGCUAACUUUCUAUUGAGUAAGGUUUUUCUCCCUAAUUCUUACUUUUGAUAUGUGAUCCACUUCCGUAUGUCCAAAGCAGGACCUGUUCAUGGAUACAAACCACAGUAACACUGCAGGCUCCCUGGCAGUAAAGGCCUGCCAGAAUUAACUGUUGCCUUGGCUCCCUGUAUCUGGUGACCUGGGCAGAAUUUUCUGGUGCUGUGAAGUACAAGUACAUGUUGCACAAUUUCUUUACACUUUUCUGAUGCUCAAGGCAGUUGUUACUAUGGUAGGUAUUAUUUUUAAAUUCUGUCUGAGUUUGUAUGUAUCCUGCAGUCGUGUUAGCAAGCAGAGCGGUGACCAGUUGAGAAAGAAGAUCCGUGCAUGAUGUGAGCUCCCAGGAGGUAAACAGCUCCUGAAAAAAUGUAUCUGUAAUGGGCUUGGGAUUGACACUUCCAAUCAAAUGAUUUCCCCUCGGAAGACAUACCUCAUCUAAAUCAAAAUAAAAUGGUGUCACACUUUGUAACUUGCUUGAUUGGCAAAUAAUAUGAGGAAGAUUUGGUGGUUAGGCUAUGCUUCGGAGGUUGUGUUUGGCUUGUGUUUCUGGGAGGUCUUGAAGGGAGUCCAAAGUAGUCUUUUUGUGAAGUGUAUUUGCUUUGUACUGCUAGGUCUUGUUGGAUGAACAAGACAAGUCAGAAAAGCUGGUCUGCUAUCCAAAAGAAAGCUGGUUUUUUUUGAAAGAAAUUGAUCCCUGAUGCAAUGCACAAAGGAGGAUUUAGAAGGAAAGAAACUGCCAUUGAGGCCAAGGUUUGGCGUUUGUCGUCCUACUGACUCUGGGGGAUGUGCCAGAGGGUUUCUGUUUGGAAUAGUGGAUCACUCUAAAAUAAUACUGUUCAAUGGAGGCUGAGUGGAAUAGGCAAGAUAAAAAUAUUUGUUGAGGUCUUACUGUAAGGCAGGUCCUGUACUGAAAGCUCUGCAGUGCUCUCUGAUGAAGACAUGACAGCCAGAGCUGGUCUGGAAGGGUGUGCAGCCCAGUUUCCAUAUAAAUGUCAGAAACCAUCAAAAUUCUUUCCACCUAAUGAGUAUUUACCUGCAACUAGAGGCAGAUUAUAAAUAGGACACUGGCAAAGUUGCAUCUUGUCAGUUUGUGCAGGAAAGGCAAGUUAGGAAAGCAAUUGCUGUGGAACAGUGAAGCUGACACUGAGAACACUGUCAAAUACAGAACAGAAGUUUUGUCAUUCUGGACAUAGAGAAGUACUCUUCUUCAGGCUGCUUCUCACCGUGGAGCUCAGAAAAGCAUUGCCUCAGGAAUUUGAUAGGAAUUCAUUAGGGACAGCUGUAUUCCAUCGCUCCUUUUGACAGCAGAGAACCAAGAGACUAGCACUGUUCAGCUGAUGUUUUGUCAAUGACACUCUGUUCUGGGAUUGUGUUGGAUCCCACUCUGUUGUGGGAUUUCUGACAAAGCUUGAUUUGACUUGAAGGUAAACUUUUCUUAUUAGCAGCAGUACUGAGAGUAGUGUGUUCCACAGACAGGCUUUAGCUAGAUGUCAGCAGUGUUAGCCAAACAAUUUGUUACCACUUUUUACAAUAGCACUUCAUCUGAAACUGGAAAAAACUUACAUAGAAUGAAGUGAAAAUUGGGGUUUUCUUAGCAGGAGCGGCUAAUGGCAUUUACUGCUUUAGGAGUCAUCUGAAAUGCAUUCCCAGGCUUGUCAUACUCUGUUUAAUUACAAAUGGCAGGCAAAAACAUGCUGUUACUAAGAGGGAACUACCUGCAAUGUUAGUACUUUCCAUGCCCCCUUUUUGCUUCAAAGUUAAUUCCUGUUGCAUGAGUCAAAGAUGAAUGCUACGGUGAUGAGAAGAGAGCUUGUAUGAAGGGACUCCUAGUCUGAAGAGCCAGGUAGAUUCUGCUUCUGCUGGAAAACACUCCUGUUAGAGACCUGAAGAAGAUCCAGUGCCAGUUCUUUCAUCCAUGAAACUGCUUGAAGUCUAUUUGUGGAAUUAUUUGUGUACUUAUUCCAAGCGCAUCAAAAGCAAGUGAAGGAAUCUUGGAGGCUCCAGUGGAUUCUAAAUAAAGCCUAUAUCCUGUUUUUUAGCCAGUUGGGAUACCUUCUGGAUCUACAACAUAUUGCUUUGGGCAUAAUCUAUUGUCAUUCUUCACAUGAAAUUACAUUAUAAAUCACUAGAGAGUGUUUUGGUGCAGGGAAAUGAUACUUAAAAUAACUUCAAAGAUGUCACUUGAAAGAUUAAUGAGUGAAAAGACAUGAAAAUCCUCAUGGGUGAGAUGUUCUGUAGUGCAAAUGGCACUUCUGUGUAGACAAGGAAGGGAAAUACUUUGGUGCCCUUUUGCCAGCAGCUGUUCACCCAGUGACAGGGAGGGAAUGCUCUGCUUGGUGGGCCAGGUUCAUCUGCAAGGUAAAACAAACCCUGACACUUAUCACUGGAGCCUGUGAAUUAAAAUAUACAGCUUUAUGACAUUUCCUCUGCUUGACAUUCAGUUUUGUUUGGUGUAAAGCCCCCAUAAGCAUUCUUUUUCUCCAAAGUUCAUGAAAAUAAAUACUUGUAUAUUCAAUUUCCAUUGUUUGGUGCUUACCGCACAAGCAGAGGAUGCAGAGCAACUGCUUGCAUGUUUUUUGAGUGGCAAGUAACAUUAAGGGAAGAGCAAACACAGGUGAGAUAAACAAAGCAGAAAAACAUUUGUUGUUGGUACAGGCCAGCAUGAUUUCUGGGACAGAAAUACUUCUGAGCUAGGUAGUUCUGUAUCACUUCUCCAUUUGAUUAAUUCAGGAGACUGAACUAUUGUUUGGUUGUUAUGUUCUGUUUAAACGAAGCUGGCCAGCUUGUUAGUGAUGUUUAACACUAUCCAGACCAACUGGAAGGAAGGGACAGCAGCACAGGCAAGCUCUGGGCUCAGCACUGCACAGUUUCAGUCCCAUCAAAGUACUAAAGGGUUGAGUUUUCCCACUGCUCUUAGCAAAGUGCUUCUACCACCUCAAGUGCUUGCUGCUACCCUGUCAGGUAACACAAAGUCUCUCUAAAAUGUGUUUCCUGCUUUCUGCUCUGACCAAUACUCCAGAGCAAGCCUGUACUUACUGUUCUGUGGACAUGGAAAGCAAUGAGCAAGGUACUGCCAACUCUGUCCCAGUUUCUCUUGAUCUUUGCAGAGAAUCCAGGGAAUUAAUUGUAUGUGGCACUUAAAGAGCACUUUGUGAUGCAGCUGUACUUUCCCUGCUUACCCAAGGAGAGUCAGAAAUGUUUCAUUCUUGAGGGUAUUGAGGAGAGUUUAGGAUGCCCCUGACUCAGUUUGUUUUCUGGAAGAAAAGUUCUCCAGAACUUCCAAUCAGCACCUUUUGCCAGCAGUAAAAAGAACAGUAAUUAAAAAUGCAGAUAAAUACCAGUCACUGAAGGCUCAUCUGGUGAUUCAUGGCAGACACCAGGAUGCAAAGGCACUUGUGAGAGUUGCUGCUGCCUGUUUCAAGUGACAACUGUGUCUGCCAAGGACCUCGGUAGCCUUUUGUGCAGCCUCUGAUAACUCAGCAGCAAGCAAGAAUUUCAAUAGACAUAAAAAUAAUUAAAAUUAUCUCGGUGGCUUCCAUCUAAUUUGUUUCUUUUCAGGAAAUCUAACAAAGAUAAGAAAAAGAGCUAUUUCCUGACAAGAUAUUGUGGCCAUGUACAGCUGUAAACCCAUGGUCCAGUUCCCAUCCUUUGGAGUUUGCUUUCCAUGUCCAACAUGUGCAACUCCAGCCCCCUCUUAGUCCUGAGGAUGGGUCUGUGGGAUCUUAGCAAGGCAGAAAGGCAAGAACCAGGGCAGGGCAGAGUCCCAGUGCAGCUGGAAAAAGGUAUGUUGCUUUUUUUGACAACUUGGGAAAUAGGAAUUAUGAAAUCUACUAUUUAAAAAGGAAUUUUUUUAACCCUUGGGUUGCUAGCAAUGUAAAGUGUAAUUUAAAUCUGUUGCGCCGAAGCAUUUUUGUUACCAGUAGCCAAGUAGGAGAUACUACUUUUAGGUGUGUUUUCCCUUCUGCUCUUCCCAUUCACAGUCCCAUUGUGGUAAUUUUCUGAAGGUGUAAUCUUUGUAGCAUGAUUGUACAAACAUCCAUAUGAGAUUCCUGACUUCUUGUUCUCACUAGAGUAUGUUAAAGCAAUAGUAAUUUUACUUCUGUCCUUUUCUCCACCUGCAACUUCUGUCCUAGAGGAAUCCCAGUAUCCUGCUAUUCAACAGACACAUAUUGUUGACAUGGAUAACUGCAGUGUCCCUAUAUUCCUUUAUUUUUAUGGAGAAAAUUUAAAAGGAUUUGUUACAAUGGAUUUUAACACCUGAGUCAUGGAACCAUAUUGUUGAAACUCUGUAAAUUUUAAGGCAAUUUUCUGAACUCGCUUAAAAGUGGAAUGUUGCAUCCUUUUAUGCUAUUUCCUGCUUCCUAUGUAGUUUUAUUCAGAUUUUUUAACCUUCUUUCUAAGUUUCGGCCUCCUGUGUAUUAGGUACAGUAUUUUCUGCCUUUCAUACUUUGUAAUAAAAACGGAACAUUUGUAGAUUGA